UACUCGUAGGGUGCUAUGGCAGCGGCAUCGACCGAAGUUUCACGUUCGCAGGAGUGCGGCUGCAAGGGCAUCCGGACCUGUCUUAUCUGUGAGAGACAACUCCAGAGGGACCCGCCCUGGCAGCUCACCCCUCAGAAAAAAUAUCAUUUCCUUUACUGCCCGGACACAGGCUGGGCCAUGGGGGCUGAGGACUCUGACUUUGAGGGCUGGGCCUUCCCCUUCCCAGGAGUGACACUGAUCAAGGGCUUUGUGACCCCAGAGGAAGAGGCUGAGAUGGUGCGUCUGAUGGACAAUGACCCGUGGAAGCUCUCUCAGUCUGGAAGAAGGAAACAGGACUAUGGCCCGAAAGUCAAUUUUCGGAAGCAGAAGCUGAGGAUGGCAGGCUUCCAGGGUCUCCCCAGGUUCAGCCAGAAGGUAGUCCAGAGAAUGGGCCUUUACCCGGGGCUGGAGGACUUCCAGCCUGUGGAACAGUGUAAUCUGGAUUACAGCCCUGAGCGGGGCUCCGCCAUUGACCCCCACCUGGAUGACGCCUGGCUGUGGGGUGAGCGGCUGGUGACCCUCAACCUCCUGUCAGCCACAGUGGUUUCCAUGGCCAGUGAGGCUCCUGGCAGCCUGCUCCUCUCCUCAGACCCCUCCGUCGGACCUGAUACUUCUGAGGGCAACAUCAUGACGCCUAGUAGGACUGUCUCCUGCCAGGAGGUGGAGGUAGCCAUCUCCGUACCCUGCCGCUCCCUGCUGAUGCUCACAGGGCCCGCACGGCACCAGUGGACACACGCCAUCCACCGCAGACACAUCAAGGCCCGUCGAGUCUGCAUCACCUUCAGGGAGCUGUCCGGGGCAUUCCUGCCUGGAGGGCAACAGGAAGAGGUGGGGCAGGAGCUGCUGCGGGCUGCACUCUCCUUCCAGGGGAGGCCGGUGUGAGCCCCUCCCAGGGUACAAGCUGACACUGGCCUGGCUGGGAAGCCUGGCUCAAGCAUGGCCAUCAGGGGAGCUAACACUGAGGUCUACCCACAACUCAUUAGAUUCAUUGGAUUUUUUUGAGACAACAUCUCAUGUAGCCUAGACUAGCCUUGAACUGAUCUGUAGCCAAGGAUAACUUUGAACUCAUGAUUUUUUUCCUACCUCCACUUCCAAAGUUCUGGAAGUACAGGCCUGCACUGCCAGACCUGGUUUUAUCAAGAUUAUUUUGUUUCUCUUUUCUUUUUUGAGACAAGGUCUCUGGCCUAGACUGGCCUUGAACUUCCUAUAUAGCCCAGGAUGACUUUGAACUCCUGAUCCUCCUGCCUCUUCCUCCUGAAUGCUGGGGUUGCCAGCAUGCUGGGAUGGAACCCAGGGCUUCCUGCUUGCUAAGCAAGUGCUCUGCCAGCUGAGCUGUAACCCUCCCCUGUUGGGGUUUUUUGAGACAAGGUCUCAUGUGGACCAGACUUGGCCUGGAACUCACCAUGUAGCCUGGCUUUGAACUCCUGAUCCUCCUGCCUCAGGUGCAGAGGUGACACUCACGAGGUUUUCUGAGGAGCCACCUGACCUCCGAUGUCAUGAACACCCUCACUCACCUUGCCCAGAGCUGGUUCUGAUGGGCCUGGGAUUCAGUCUUUAAAAACCUUAGUACCUGAGACAAGUAGAUCUCAGUGGGUAGAGGCGCUUGCCAACAAGCCUGACCGCCUGAAUCAGUCUCUGGAAGCCACAUGGUGGAAGGAGCACACCAGUUCGUGCCAGUUGUCCUCCGAUCGCCACCCCCUCUGAUAAAGUUUAUAAUAGAAGUAAAACCUUGGUAUGAAAUGAU